CAUUUUGGCAGUAAACAUGGAUAGCGCCACCGCUGAAGCUUUCAAGCCGUCGGAGUACUCAGCUCAUUUUAAUCCACAGGAUAUUGAGCUUUAUAUAAAAAAAUUAAAUCGAUUAAAUAUUACUGACCCUUAUAAUGCCCCCGGGGUGCUUUUUAAGAAUAUAUCCGCUGAAGAAGACGUCCCAGAUCUGCAGUAUCCGGACAUCUAUAAUUACUUGGUAAACUUUCCAUCGUCAUACUCGGGGGACUCUCUUAAAGCCUACAAAAGCCUGGAGGGUUACAAAUGGACUCAGUCUGGCUUUGUAACGAACAUCCAGCUAUGGAAUCUUCAAGCAAAAAAUUGCUGCAUCAUUACUGGAAGGGUUAAUCAUUCCCAAAGGCUUAAUGAUCCUCAGUUAAAGCCAUGGAUGGUGGUAUGGAAUGAUGGGGUUGUGUUGGGAGCCCACUGCAAUUGCACAGCUGGACUUGGUGAGAGCUGCUCCCAUGUGUCAGCUGUGUUGUUUAGCAUAUGGCAGCAUAACAGUAGAAGAAAAGAAGAGAUAGCUGUUACAUCUAAGAAGUGUAAGUGGGGCACUCCAAGUGAGGACUCUUUAAAGAAAGUGGAAUAUCAGCAGGGCAAGGACAUAAUUUUUAACAACUCUCAACAAUCUAAAAAAGUGAAAUCUUUGAAAGUCCAUUCUGCUCCCCCAGCUGUCCCACCUCUGACUACUGCUGAGCAAGCCCAGCUCUAUUACAACCUCUCCCAAUGCCGCACACAAGAGGGACAGACCAUCAAACCAGCAGUUCUAUCUGUUGUCAGAGAGUACGCAGCAUCCUACAUGCCAAAGGCUGUCAAGCUGGAUAUACCAGAACCCCUCACCAACCUGUAUGACAAGCAGGCAAGAGACCUCAGCCUGGCAGAGUUACAAGACCGAGCAGAGGCACUAUUUGAAGGCAUAAUUGUGACCAAAGAACAGAUGGGGAUGUAAGCAUGAGGGAUUUGCAAGAAAAUCCUAUGAAAUGCAGCAUCGUCUCUCACACACGGACGUCCUGGUAGAAGCAGCUGGAUUCAGGAUUUCACCCCUGCACCCAUUUAUUGGGGCCUCACCUGAUGGAUAUGUUUCCUGCAGCUGCUGUGGUUCAGGUGUCUUAGAAAUUAAGUGCCCAUUUUCUGUGAAGGACCUUUCUGUUAAUGAGGCAGCAAAUUCUGUAGCACACUUUUGCCUUGAAAAAGAUGCACAAGAAAAAAUUUAGACUGAAGCGGGACCAUGCAUACUAUUAUCAAGUGCAGAUGCAGCUAUUUGUUACUAACAAACCAUACUGUGAUUUUGUUCUAUGGACUGAAAGGGAAAGUUCUUCACCUUUUGUUGAACGUGUCACACCUGAUGUAGAAUUCUUUGAGAAAGAACUGGAAUGUGCUUGUGAGUUCUUUAAAAAAUGUAUCAUUCCAGAGCUGUUUGCCAAGUAUUUUUCUGCACCAAAACCAGCAGCAGCGGCAAUUGCUGAUCAUAGUCAACAACAGUGGUGCUAUUGCCGUGAGCCAGAGGCAGGAAACAUGUUGGUCUGUGCAUCAGGUUUUUGUUCAGUUAAAAAGUUUCAUCAAACCUGCCUUCACAUGAAAAGGGUCCCUAAACAGUGGGUAUGUCCCAGCUGCCGAAAAGUAAUCAAUGCCCAAAAAAGAAAAAAAAAUUUGUGAGGAGACUGUGAAAUGAGUAAACAGUAGUAUUUGAAACUGUACAAUAUUAUUUAUGAAUAAACAGUUGUUAAACCAA